AUGCCGAUUGCUGUCUCGACGCCCGCGCCCGCCCCUUCGCGCCGGUAUUCCGGUACUGCCGCCUCAGGCCUGCUACACUGGCAAUCCUCAGCGCCAGCAGCGACAUUGCCACCACACUCCCCCGCACUACGCCCCAAGAGCACACCGCCAGAUGAGCGCCGUGUUCACGGGCGACCCAGGAAGCGCACAUACGUGCCCACCGGCGAUGGCGAUAGCACGGGGAGCAGUACCGCCGGCAGCGACGACGAAGUCCUGCGCGUGCGCGGUGCCGGCGGCGAGUCGGACAGCGGCGAGAUGGACCAGGACCAGGACGACGACAAGUCUCUGCGCCCUGUGAAGCCUCUGCCGGCCUCACGUGCGAAGAGCCUGGCGAACCCGUCUAUGCUCCCCGCUCAGGCGCGCGUGGCGGCCACGGGCCAGAAGAGGCUGUUCGUCGUGCUUGAGCAGGCAUGUUUGGAGGCGUAUCGCGUGGGGACGGCGUCGAAGCCGGGUAGGGGGAGGGAGGGAGAGCCCAAGUAUGCGCUGUUGAAUUGCGAUGAGCAUCAGGGGAUAUUGGCGAAGACUGGGAGGGAUAUCGCGGAUGCUAGGCCCGAUAUUACGCAUCAGUGCCUGCUCACCCUCCUCGAUUCCCCGCUCAACAAAGCCGGCCUCCUCCAAGUCUACAUCCACACCGCCCGCGGCGUCCUAAUCGAGGUAAACCCGCACGUCCGGAUCCCGCGCACAUUCAAGCGCUUCUCGGGCCUUAUGGUCCAGCUCCUGCACCGACUGAGCAUCAGCGGCGUGAACGGCAAGGAGAAGCUUUUGCGGGUGAUCAAGAACCCCGUCACGGACCACUUGCCAGCCAACACGCACAAAAUCACGCUCUCCGGCGACGCCCAGACGGUCCGACUCAGCCGAUACCUCCCCACGCUCCCCCAAGACCAAUCCCUCUGCGUUUUCGUAGGCGCCAUGGCCCGCGGGCGGGACGACUUCGCGGACCACAUGGUUGACGAGAAGAUCUCGAUCAGCGAGUACCCGCUCAGCGCGAGCGUCGCGUGCGGCAAGUUCUGCUGCGCGCUCGAGGAGCUUUGGGAUAUCGUUUAG